AUGAGAAUUGGACAUAGAAUAGAAGUAUCAUCGCCAAUCGCCAUCGGCUGCUGGUCAAGACUUGCAGGUCAUGACAACUUGACGGAUGGAAGUCCACAGCACUGGACAGGUGACAGCUUGGAGUGGGUUGGUCUUCUGCGCGUUGGAUCAACAGUCUAUCGUUGGCUGGGGCAGCCUGUCCUGGACUUGCCAGCGGCUGUGCAGAAAUCUGUCGAGGUUCGGCCUACGACCACACGCUACACAUUUCAGGCGGGCUCUGCUGAGAUGAUUGUGGACUUCAUGACUCCUUCCUUCGGCCAUGACGAGGUGUUGGUCGUGGCAACCUGUCCGAUCACGACAAUGAAUUUCACUGUCGUGCGUGCCGAUGCGCCAGUACAAAUCUAUUUUGAUAUGAGCGCGACGGCUGCUACCAAAUCUGACAAGCAGGAGGUGGUCGGGGUACGUGAGGUAUCGGACACGCUGCAGGCUGUGCGCGUGGGUACAACUGAGCAGCAUGUCUUGGGUCAAACCUCGGAUCGAUCGGACUGGGGAUAUCGCUAUUUGGCGGCACCUUCGGCUACAAAGGCAACUAUCCACUCCGCUGCUGAAUCGCGCCAAGCCUUUGUAAAUGGCAGCUAUGCGAAGCUCCAGGAUGAGGUUGCUCCGAAAGCGGCAAGGGAGCUUGCUUUGUCCGUGCAAGUGGAUCUUGCAUCUUCAAGCCGCAUUUACCUGAUGUUUGAUGAGGUCGUUGCGCAGCGUUUCUUCGGCACCGAGCUGAUGCCUUUGUGGCGCCGCCACGGCGCCGCCAUCAGAGCCUUGGAGGCUGCGGAAGAGGAGGCGGAGAGCCGAUGGCGGCAGGCCCAGGCCUUUGACCAGCAACUGAUUACACAGCUCUCGCGCUUCGGGCAGCAGUAUGCCGACAUUGGGGCGCUGGUGUAUCGUCAGGUUAUGGGAGCCACUUCCACAGCUUGGAACAACCAAACAGGUGAAGCCUGGCCUUUUAUGAAGGAGAUCUCUUCGGACGGAGAUGUUUCAACUGUGGACGUGAUCUUUCCGGCCUUCCCACUCUUCCUGCAUGCAGCGCCUGAAUUCUUUCGGAAGCUGCUGAUUCCCCUGAUGGUCUAUUCUGUCAAUAGCACUGCAGCCUAUGGAAUGGAUGUGAAAUACGACCUUCCUUGGGCGCCGCACCACUUGGGAGCUUGGCCAAUUUGCGAUUUGCCAAGCAAAAAGCAAGAGCAGAUGCCCGUUGAGGAGAGUGGCAACAUGCUAAUUAUGUUAGCUGCACUUGCUCAGAAGCAAGGCCCCAAUUCUACGGCGUGGUUGAAAAGUUACUGGCCGGUGCUAUCUACCUGGGCUGACUUCCUGACCCAGUCCCUGCCGGAUCCUGGGAAGCAGCUGUGCACUGAUGACUUUGAGGGGCCGAAUCCACACAAUGUGAACUUGGCAGCCAAAGGCAUCGUUGCUCUGGGGGCCUAUGCUGAGCUUCUGCAACUGGAUGGACAGGUGCCAGCCGCCCAAAAGUUUCGUAGCUUGGCAGAGGGCUUCGCGAAGAAAUGGGUGGAGAUGGCCAAGAGUGGAUGGAAAGAACGGGGUGACCACUUCCGUCGCCAGUACAACUUGCCAUGGACCUGGUCACAGAAGUACAACCUGAUUUGGCAGAAGGUUUUGGGCUUGAGUUUAUUCCCAGAAUCUGUCUUUGAGCAAGAGACAGCAGAAUAUGAACGACACAGAAACGAAUUUGGUAUUCCACUUGAUGACCGUCAUCAGUACACCAAGGCUGACUGGUCCAUUUGGUCUGCGGCCUUUGGUACUAAGGCUCACUUUCAAGCAGCUGUGCGUGACCUGUGGCACUUUGCUUCCUCGACGUCAGAUCGGGUGCCAUUCACGGAUUGGUUUGAUACCAAGACGGGCAAGCAACAGGGCUUCCGGGCACGACCUGUGAUGGGUGGCCUUUUCAUUGGCCUCGUCGUGCCAGAUGGCUCCUUCAGCGUCGAAAACAUGACCACGGUGGUUUGA